AUGGCGUUACUCGGCCUGUCGCUCAUCCUCGCAUCCGUCAUCUGGGUCGCCAUGCGCAAGCCCGGCUGGCUCCCCGCUUUUUUCGCCGGCCUAUUGCAGGGCCAACCGCCAUCUCCUCAACUCCGGGAGCUGUCGUCACCGCCAUCGCCGUCGCGGGAGGCACGGGAAGGUAGUCAGGAAAAAUGUGCUGCAGCUGCUAUCGUCGAUGAGGCUAGAGACACAGCCCAUGUCAGUCGCAGACGCGACGCAGCUCAGCAAAAUGCACAUCACCACCCGCAGCUGCGCGUGAUCACCCCGGACGCCACAGAUCGAGAUGGCCGUCCCUCCUCAUCCAGCACGGACGAUGACGGCCAGUCGACCCCCAAGGCAGGCCCCGUCCGUUUGGGGGACGGCAGCUUGAACUCGAUGCCGACGUUUGUUCUCUCCACUCCAGACGAGUCUUCCCGCCCCGGGAUCAGUCCCAGCCCCUCCGGCCGAUCACCAUCCUCUCAGCCCACUCCCUCAACCUCAACCUCAUCCUUAUCCACAACAAGCCCCUCCCCCUCAACGCUAAUGCCCCCUCCCCCACGUCCGCGACCCUCUAUCCCCCGACCGACUCUUCCCCUCCCCAACCGCGCUCCCCCUCCCCAACCGUCCCGUCAGCCAGGCUGCUCGACCCUGGCCCCUCCCCCUACUGUGCCCUCUGCCUCCCUCUCCCCUCAGUCCUCUAAGACCAAGUCCUCUUCUCGCGCAGUAACCCUCCAACCAGGCCAUUCCCCCCUAGACUGGGCGCGUCUCACCUCCUCUGCCGCAGCCCAAUCCGGCUUGUUGAGGGGCUUACCUCCGGGGACGCCCUACAUCCGAGUGACGCCGUCGAUGCUGAAGCAAAAGACAGGACGUAAGGGCAAAGACGCGUGGACGGUGCUGGGGGGCAGGGUUUACAACAUCACACCUUACUUGCCCUUCCAUCCAGGGGGCGAACCAGAGUUGUUGAGGUGUGCUGGGCGGGACGGGACGCGGUUGUUUAAUGAGGUGCAUCCGUGGGUGAAUUGGGAGGGGAUGUUGGCUGCGUGUUUGGUGGGGAUUUAUGUGACGGAAGAGGAGGAAGGGAAUGUUGUGGGAGGGGGGAUUGAGGGGGGGAAUCCGAAUCCUAUGGAGGAGAUGGAUUAA